GGUUCGAGCCUGCUUACUGCCGGCUGCCUUCCCCCUGGCCGCGAUCCACCUCCGCUACUUGGUGCAGUCGCGCCGGGAAGCCGGUACCCAAGGAGCCUUCUGGCCCCGCGGUUCUGCGCUCUUGAGUAGAGGAGGGGUUCCCGGGACAGGAUUGACAAACCCCGCCCUCCACUUAUUAUUUUGCUUAUUUUCUUUGUGCGCUCCUGUUAGUUUGUUAAAGCAGAUUUAGUCCUAGAGUCUUUUCUCCUCCCCUUUCCCUCCUCCUCUCCCAUAACCCUCCCCCCAAUCCUUUUUCUUCCCCUCCUCCCUCCUGUCCCUCUGCAGGAGACUCUCGCAGCAAAGGAAAGUUGCAGCUCCGGGCAGCGCUUAGGGGGUCUCCGGGGAGUGUUCAACUGCCGCCAGCCCUCUCGGACUGCGGUCUUUCGGGGAGCUCCUCCUUCGCCGGCACCCUCGCUCACUUCAGUCGGAUCUUCUGUGUCCAGAACGCCCCACCUAUGACGAUGCUCCUGGAUGGAGGCCCGCAGUUCCCUGGCCUGGGAGUGGGCAGCUUCGGUGCGCCGCGCCACCACGAGAUGCCCAACCGCGAGCCGGCGGGCAUGGGACUGAAUCCCUUCGGGGACUCAACCCACGCUGCUGCUGCCGCCGCUGCCGCCGCCGCCUUCAAGCUGAGCCCAGCCACCGCUCACGAUCUGUCUUCGGGCCAGAGCUCAGCUUUCACACCGCAGGGUUCAGGCUAUGCGAAUCUGGGCCACCAUCAUCACCACCAUCACCACCAUCACGCCAGCCAGGUACCCACCUACGGCGGUGCUGCCUCUGCCGCCUUCAACUCCACGCGCGACUUUCUCUUCCGUCAGCGUGGUUCUGGGCUCAGCGAGGCAGCCUCUGGCGGCGGGCAACACGGGCUUUUCGCAGGCUCGGCGAGCAGUCUUCACGCUCCAGCUGGUAUUCCUGAGCCUCCUGGCUACUUGCUUUUUCCUGGGCUUCAUGAGCAGGGCGCUGGGCACCCGUCGCCCACAGGGCACGUGGACAACAACCAGGUCCAUCUGGGGCUGCGCGGGGAGCUAUUCGGCCGUGCAGACCCGUACCGCCCCGUGGCUAGCCCGCGCACGGACCCCUACGCGGCCAGUGCGCAGUUCCCCAACUACAGCCCCAUGAACAUGAACAUGGGCGUGAACGUGGCGGCCCACCACGGGCCGGGCGCCUUCUUCCGUUAUAUGCGGCAGCCCAUCAAGCAGGAGCUAUCCUGUAAGUGGAUCGAGGAAGCUCAGCUGAGCCGGCCCAAGAAGAGCUGCGACCGGACCUUCAGCACCAUGCACGAGUUGGUUACACAUGUCACCAUGGAGCAUGUGGGGGGCCCGGAGCAGAACAACCAUGUCUGCUAUUGGGAGGAAUGUCCCCGCGAGGGCAAGUCUUUCAAGGCGAAGUACAAACUGGUCAACCAUAUCCGAGUGCACACAGGCGAGAAGCCCUUCCCGUGUCCCUUCCCGGGCUGCGGGAAGAUUUUUGCCCGCUCUGAGAAUCUCAAGAUCCACAAGAGGACCCACACAGGUGAGAAACCUUUCAAAUGUGAAUUUGAAGGCUGUGACAGACGGUUUGCCAACAGCAGCGACCGCAAGAAGCACAUGCAUGUGCACACCUCGGAUAAGCCCUAUAUCUGCAAAGUGUGCGACAAGUCCUACACGCACCCGAGCUCCCUGCGCAAACACAUGAAGGUUCAUGAAUCUCAAGGGUCAGAUUCCUCCCCUGCUGCAAGUUCAGGCUAUGAAUCUUCCACUCCACCCGCUAUAGCUUCUGCAAACAGUAAAGAUACCACUAAAACCCCUUCUGCAGUUCAGACGAGCACCAGCCACAACCCUGGACUUCCUCCCAAUUUUAACGAAUGGUACGUCUGAGGACAACCAAAAUGCA